AUGAGUUUGGCUUCAAACUCGCUGGAACCUUCACAUCUGAUCUAUCAAGUUGUGAUCCACCAAAAUACCUACAUGUCCCCCCUCUUUCCCCUGAAUGGAUCGAUAAUUUGCCCUGCCUUCACUGGCCAUCAAACGCCUGAUUGUUUUACUGGUCCUUUGACCGUAGUGGACAGACGGAGAUUGAAGAAGAGGACUGGGAGGAGCAUGGAAUCCCAUACUUGGAAGCAGUGCCAAAUGUCGGGUCAAGAUGGUAUGACUGGGGAGUACGAGGCAGCUCAUGAGUAUCUUCGUCUUACCAAGUAUGACCUGGAUGGUCAACAGUACGCCAAUGAUCAUGGGUAUCCGGUUCUAGUCACAAGUGACCCUCACAUCCAGCCAAAAAUCAAAACUCCCAGGAGCACGAUCACCGUUAGGAAAGGUAUUCAAGUCGAUCAAAAGAAAUAA